UAGUUGUAGACUAAGCUUUCCAGAAGCGAACCGUAACUUCGACAAAGCGGCAUAUCACUCGCGAUUACCCGACAUUUCUGCGAAGUUCAACCGCUCGUGAGGAGUAGAAUAUUUUACAGGACCGACUGUCUUUGUUGAACGGUUCAACAAGUGCGCGUCACUUUACUCCUCUUUUGACUCAUGACGCGAGGACGCGUCGCACCGAGCCGUGUUGGUUUAUCGAGCGCAUCCUCGUACCAGUCACCACGCGAUCACGCACACGGUGGCGAUGAUCGAGUGAUGCACGAGUCGGGUGCAUCGCAAACAUAUGAUGUUUUUUAUCCCUACAGCGACGGUAGAGGAGGUGUUCUUAAGUUGGACCGCCACGGCCGCUCUCACUUGUCCCUCGACGACGGGAACACGCGCGGAGGAUACACGAACGACCACUAUGGGGAAGAUCAUUCAACGUUCCUCGACGAUGACUCCUGGGAUGACGAUAAAUCGUACUAUGACGGCGAGCCUGGAGAUUGGUAUGAGCCUCCCAGCGUCGAACGCGCCGAGAAGCACGCGGAGAAGACAAAUCCACAACACUUACAAACGAAGAGUGUGGUAGGAGCAAGACCAAGGGAUCUACGUGAGUACGGCAUGGGAAUGGUGCUCUACUUCAAUUUCAUCCGCACACUCGCGGGAACAUUCUUCGUUCUGUCGGUGUUGUACGUUCCCACAAUAUUGGCGAACUUGACAGGGAACGCGUUGGGCCAAGGGGAUAACCCACUUGCAGCAGCGGUGGAAACGUCAAGUUUGGGUAACUACGGUCCAGUAUGGGAGUGGACGACGGGGCCAGGAAACGCUACCUGGUUAGGUCAGGUGCCUUCAGAACAGAAUGCCACGGCAUGGCCGCCGCGGUCGGACUCGCCCUGGGAGCACGGGAAAGCGCGGAAAGUGAGAUACAUCACCACACAGGAGAAAGAUGACCUCAACGUUGGGCUGAUGUUUUUCAACUUGGUUUUUCUUUCGGUAUUUGCAAGUUUUGCGCUGGGCAUUGGUCCGGCGAGCGAUGGCAUCGCGGAGGAGGUUGACAGGAAUGUAACCACCGUAGAGGACUAUACUGUGCAAGUUAGCGGAAUACCAGAGGAUGUCUUUGACGACGAUGAGUUGUGGACAUUUUUUGGUAAAACUGUUGGGCCCGUGAUGAAGCUGCAGAUUGCACAAAAUCAUGGCGAACUCCUCUCUUUCGCGGCCGCGCGGGACAAGGUUGCGGAUAGGCUGAAUCGGGCGCUCGCGAAUGUGAAGAAGGCAAGAGAAGACCCUAGCGUCAAGGAAAGCAAAUUGAGAGCAUGGGAAGAGGCGGCAACAGCGUUGAAGAUGCGUCUGCACGCAUGCGAUGCUGGUAUUCGAGCACUUCAAGAAGACAGAGGCGGAGAGGGAUUUCGCACACUUUGUGCAUUUGUGACUUUUCAGAACGAGGAGGAUUUUCUCGGGUGUCUCGAGAUGUAUAGGCAGGGAGUGCUGGCUUGGUUCUUUCGCCCGAGCCACCUACGUUUCAGGGGGAAGCACCGGUUGAAGGUGAAGCAAGCGCCGCCUCCCGAUGAUAUUCACUGGGAAAAUCUGGAGUACUCGUGGAGCCAGCGGCUGUUUCGACAGAUAAACGUCAAAUUUUUCACUUUCGGCAUUCUAGUUCUUACAUUCAUGGCCAUCUGUGGCGUUGAACAGUUGAAAAGCAACACGGGGACAAGUUAUGAUGAGGCAGAGUGCAGAAGAAGCUGCAAAUAUGAGACUGAGCCCAGGUUACAACUUAUCGAUCCGACAAUACGAGAGCAGUAUUCGACGUGUUUUAAUCUGGAGGCGAACGGUGAUGUCGCUUCCACGGCGGAACACUGUGGUCCAUUGGACUCUUUCUGCUACUCAUGUUAUUGUCUCGAGCUUGUGACAUACAUGGCGGUGCUCAGGGACAAAUCUUACUGCGCUCCUUACGUGGAAGGUUAUACGAUGUCCCUCGUUGCUGGUGGACUAGCACAGUUCGUCAUCGGCCUCGUCAAUGGAUUUCUCACUGUUUACAUAGAUAAGGUGGUCAGGCUUGAAAAACAUCACAGCAAGAGCGACGAGGCUGUGUCAAUAAUGCGCAUGUUAUUCGUAUCGCAGUUUUUGAACACUGCGAUGAACCUUGUAGUGAUUUCUGCAGCGGUUCCGUGGUUAAAGGACUUCAUCAAAGGAUCGGGCGUGGAGGGUAUUAUGUUUGAGGGAAACAUCGAAGACCUCGCGCCAAGGUGGUACACUGAUGUCGGUUAUGACCUAGUGCUUGCAAUGAUGGUGGCCCCGUUCCAGCAACGUUUUGCGACGUUCGUGCGCUGGCUUAAUUUUCAUCUUGGGCGAAAGUCAGCGCGGGAGAAGGCAGUGACACAGCGUGAACUUAAUCAAGCAUAUGAGGGCGCGGACUUCAACCUUGCGGUAAAAUAUGGCGAGGCACUUAACAUCCUGUUCAUCAGUAUGACUUUUUGCGCGGGUCUUCCGAUCCUUAUUCCUCUCGGUGCUGUAUCAUUCGCAGUGAUGUACUAUGUAGAAAAGUUCGACUUUUUGCGCGUCUCUAGAUUACCGCCGCGGUACGGCAGAGCGCUGGGUCGUGCCACGGUCGACGUAGUCGCGUUCGCCAUGAUUGGUCACCUCGGAUUUGCCGUGUGGGCUAAUUCGUUUUAUCGCAUGGAGCCUUCUGCUUUCAUCAGUGGGAUUAUUGGUGUCCCGCUCGAAACGUUAUGCUCAGUCUGGGGCAGCCUCCCUGCGCCUCUUGGCAACCUCUUCGGCCUGAUCUCAGACACCUCGGAGGUUGCCCGUCGAGGCUUACAGAAAAAUGUGGGAUGGUACACCCUCCUCCUUUUCGUUUAUCUCGCCAUACUUGUCUUGCGUGGCAUAUUUGCGCUAGUUACGUUGGCUCUUAGAGAGACAUUCCCGUCAACCUUUGCAAAGUGGCGCGAACCUGAGGACAACCCUCCAUUUGAAAUAGCGGUAGAGACACGUCGCAUGCUUGGUCCAACUUCUUACAACCUGAAAGACAUGCCUGAAUAUUCAGCAGCCUAUACAAAGGUGGCAUGGGAGAUGGAAGGAAAUGUUAUACAGUAGGAGCUUGAAGAAUUUUCAUUUCGGUCUGCAAAUUUCGUACUUGGAACAGCGUUCAGAACAACUGCUCUUGUGAAGAUAGUUUGCGUCCUCUGAAUAUAAUAUGAGCAAAGCGUGGGUGGAAUCUACUCAGCGUUAGUUUCCAUCGCCUAGUGUAGCUAUUAUAUAAUCUAGACAGCUCUAAUAAAUAAAUUAGUAUCUUUAGU